UGCCCCACCCAGCCCAAAGAGAACCUUGGAAGCCCUUUGUUGACAAGCCUGCACCCUGCCCCUCCAUCUAUCCUUCUACCCACCAACCCACCAAUCCACUAACUCACCGUUCCCUGUCUGUCGCCUUCACUCUCUGGUCAACUUUGCAAUCCUCGCCCACUUCUUUGGUUCUGACAUUCAUCUUUCUCCCACACAACACUCCAAGGCUUGUUUGAUAGUUUCCUGCAACGCUUCGAGUUUCCCAGGCGCCCACAACACGAAAGUGCUCAGUUUUCCGACUCUCAAACAACCCACUCAGAAUGUCGUGGCAAGCAUACGUUGAUAGCAGCCUUGUCGGCUCUGGAAAUGUCGACAAAGCAGCAAUCUUCAGCAAAGCAGGCGACAGCGUUUGGGCUGCCUCGUCUGGCUUCACACUUAGCAAGGAGGAGAUUACUAAGAUUGUCGAGUCUUUUACCGACAAAGGCGAUUCUUCUGGCUUUAAACAAAUCUCGGCCAAUGGGUUCUACGUUGGAGGUGAAAAGUUUGUGACAUUGUUGGCCGAAGGACGGAGUCUAUACGGCAAAAAGGGUAAGGAGGGUAUAGUCAUCGUUCAAACCACUCAAGCGCUGCUCAUUGCCCACUAUCCCGAAACUGUGCAGCCUGGCGCGGCUGCCAACACCGUCGAACAGCUUGCCGACUACCUGACCGGCCUCGGGUACUAA